AAUGUAAACAAGCUCGCGCACGCACCCGUAUGUGUGCGUGUCCGGGCAGGCCAAUCAGGAAUCGAUCGGUGGAGGAGCGAGCAGCGCCGGUGAAAACGGGAGAAUGUUUUGGCACACUUUUCUGUUCGCUUCGGCGAUUAAAAUGUUCUUUAUUCCUGCCUACCGAUCGACGGAUUUCGAGGUGCACCGGAAUUGGAUGGCCAUCACCCACAGCCGACCGCUCUCCAGGUGGUACUACGAUGCCACCAGCGAAUGGACACUCGAUUAUCCACCGUUUUUCGCCUACUUCGAGUGGGCUCUGUCCCAGGUGGCGGCGUAUUUCGACUCAGCCAUGCUGGAGGUUCAGAAUUUAAACUACUCCUCCAUGAAUACGGUGCUUUUCCAGCGAUUUUCAGUUAUAGUGGCCGAUUUAAUGUUCGCUUUUGGCGUGAAAAGAUGCUUCGCUAAACUUGCGAAGUCGAACAGGGACUUCACGAUUGGAACCGCCCUGCUGCUGUGCAAUAUUGGUCUUUUCAUGGUGGACCAUAUCCACUUCCAGUACAAUGGUUUCCUGUUUGGAUUCCUGCUGCUAAGUGUUAGUUAUGUCCUGACGGAAAAUUACCUCACAUCAGCGCUAUUCUUCGCCGCGCUAUUAAACCUCAAACAUAUCUUCAUUUACGUAGCGCCGGUUUAUGUCGUAUUUUUGCUGCGAUUUUAUUGCUUCUGCAAUGGUCGAGCGUUAAUUAAGCUAAUAAAGCUGGGGCUCAUACUCGGCGUGGUUUGUUUGCUCUCGUUUGGACCAUUCUACAAACACAUUCCGCAGGUGCUCUCGAGAUUGUUUCCGUUCAAGCGAGGACUGACUCACGCUUAUUGGGCCCCAAACUUUUGGGCUCUUUACAACUUUGCCGAUAAAGUGCUAUCGAUUGGGUUGGGGAGAAAACCGCCAACUGGAUCGAACACGGGUGGUCUAGUGCAAACGUUUAACCAUGUUAUCCUGCCGUCCAUUCCCCCAUCGGUCACGUUCACGCUAAGCGCCCUGGCAAUGCUUCCAACACUGUACAAAUUGUGGACCUUGAAGCACUCUCCGAAUCUUGGUCAGAAUUUCAUCCGUGCCAUCAUUCUCUGCGCUUGUUCGUCUUUCAUGUUCGGAUGGCAUGUUCAUGAGAAGGCCAUUCUGAUGGUUACUAUCCCACUCACAAUCCUCGCCAUAACGAACCGAACCGAUGCGCGAUGGACCAUAUUCCUUAGCAUUGUUGGUCACUACUCCCUUUUCCCGUUGCUCUUCAAACCAGAGCUCGUGCUGAUUAAACACGCCAUGCUCGUGGUGCACACCGGAAUCAGCAUUCUGUUGUACCGUAAAAUACACGGCGGUCAGUUCCUAUCCACCUUGGAACGGCUGUAUCUGUUCGGCUUCGUGAUGCUGUCCCUGUACGAGAACAUCAUCCAUCCCGGGUUCGGACUGAGCCAGAAACUCCCCUUCGUGCCCCUGAUGGCAACCAGUGUGUACUGCGCAAUCGGAGUCUCGUACUUCUGGCUGCGCUACCAGAGCGACUUCUUCGCUCAAACCCCCUUCCAGGAAGGACUUUCGAAGAGGAAAAAGACUUAAGAGAACUCCCCGGAGUAUCAUUAUCAUAUCAUUCCCGAGUAAAAACAAAUAUAUUAAUAAUUUGCGCCACAAACCAACACAA